CGCAUCCGCUGGCGGCGUGGGCGCCGGGCGGUCCGCGGGGCGAUAAGAACGGGGCGGGCGGCAGCGCUGGGUUGCGGAUUGCCGGGGACAGGAGGGGGAGAGAGACCAAGGUUAAAGCGCCCGCUCCGCUAUGGCCGAGACGAUCGCGGACACGCGGCGGCUGAUCAGCAAGCCGCAGAACCUUAAUGACGCCUACGGGCCGCCCAGCAACUUCCUGGAGAUCGACGUGGGGAAUCCGCAGACCGUGGGGGUGGGGCGCGGCCGCUUCACCACCUACGAGAUCCGCGUCAAGACAAAUCUACCUAUCUUUAAGUUGAAAGAAUCUACAGUCAGAAGAAGAUACAGUGACUUUGAAUGGCUAAGGAAUGAACUGGAAAGAGAAAGUAAGGUUGUGGUACCGCCUCUACCAGGAAAAGCUCUUCUCCGUCAGCUCCCUUUCCGAGGGGAUGAUGGAAUAUUUGAUGAUUCCUUUAUAGAGGAAAGAAAGCAGGCACUUGAACAAUUCAUAAACAAGGUUGCAGGCCACCCACUGGCACAGAACGAACGCUGUCUUCACAUGUUCUUACAAGAUGAAGUAAUAGACAAAAACUACACACCAUCCAAAAUAAGACAUACUUGAGUUCUGAAACAGUCUUCUCAAACAUUAGUGGUUCUUAUGCUUGGUUUUAAGAGGCUGUAGUUUUUCUUAGCAUGCUGAGGAUAAACAGGCACAAAGUCUCCACUAACAUCACUACACUGCUUGGUCUUUGCAUAUGCUUUAUAGCAUUGAAGAAUUCACUUGUCUUCUAGCUAAAUCCCUCUGAAUCUUUGAUUUAAAAGUAUUAUGAGACCAUCCACCCCUUCCAAUGUCUCACAGAUCUUUCCACUCUUAUUUGCAGUGACUUAAUGUUUACUGACUUGGCCUUACUUGAACUUGCACAGUUGUAGUGUCACAUGUUCACUUGUAUCUGACUGAACUGCUAUGCUCUUUCUGAAGUAGUCAACUGUCUGAACUUCUGUAGAAAGACUGCUUUAUUUCUGAUACCCUGUGUGAGAAACACUUAUGCAAUUGUCUUCAAGCUUGUAAAACACUUUAUACUGAAGUAAUGAGGGAUUUAUCUUUAUAUUCUGUAAGAGGGGGGGAAAAAUCAAAUUUAUAUAUGAAAGUAACUUGUCUAAAGUUUUGAAAUAAAAGUGAAAAUGCACUUCAUCUGUUUUGUCCAUCUUGACCU